AUGGGCACGGAGUUCGGCGUCCUGUUAGCGGCGGCAUUGGAAGACGACGGAGGCGACGAGGAGGAUGGCGGUGAAGAGGACGUGCGGGAGGCAUUUAGGGUUUUCUAUCGGAGGGGCGGGUUCAUCACGGCGGAUGAGUUGAGGGUUUUCUACCGGAGGGGCGGGUUCAUCACGACGGAUGAGUUGAGGUCGGUGCUGGCGGGCCUGGGGCUGAAUUAG